AUGAGUGAUGCGAGACUGCCGAACGACCUGCGAAAUGGGGAACAUUCCAGGAUAUGUGGAAAAAGCCAGAUGGACCUUAUUGUGCGGAAAGAAAUAGGAAAGUGGGUGCUGCUGCACAGGUUUAUCCAUAAGCAUGAUGGGCUCGCGGGCAAAAAAACACUUGUGAGGGAAAAAAUGGCGAAGCAGCAUGAGCCUCCAAGCGAGCACCCAAUUGGUCAAUCAGCUGAUGAAGCAACUGAACAGCCAGAUGAUCAAUCAGAUGAUCCACCAACUGAUCAACUAGUUGACAAACCAACUGGCCAACCAGCUGAUCAACCAACUGGUCACCGAAACGUGUUUAACCUCUUCUAUCACCCGACGGGAACGCGCCUAAUGCGCAGAGGAUACUGGCAAGUCGUAGCACCAGAAGAAACGAGCCCUCCAAGUGCAUUCACCUAUACCCCCGUGGAUCAAAAAACGUCUUGCACUGGACCCUCUGACGUAUCCGUAGAAGAAUGCUCAUCAAAGGUUACAGAAAACGAUGCGAUACAAAAAUUUCCUUCACAAAAUAACCUAUCGGAACAGCCUAAGUUUAAAGAAGAUUCAAAGGAAUCACUUUUUGAUUCCCCAGCGGACACAAAGAAGGUCAAAAAGAAAGUAACAAAAAAAAACGGAAUUAGCAAAGACGCAACGAAGGCUAUUAUAUCAAGGUGUAUCAACAUAAAGAGUUACAUUGACCAGCACAAAAUGAGCUUCCAAAAUAUGUUAAUCAAUUUGUUCAAUGAGUACACAUUCCUGAAGAGGUACAUGAGCAGCAACUACAACACAUACCAUAAGUUAAAAUUCUUCCUUAGCUGCAACCAUUAUGUGAAGAAGUUACAUGAUGUUCUGUCCAUUUUUGCUGAUGUUGUAGAGGAGAGUGACGAAUAUUUAAUGAUAGAAUUGUACAAGAAAAUAAAACUUAACAUGCGUCUACUGUACUAUGUCGGGAGAGUCUUAUCCAACUACUUCACCUGUAUUGCUUAUAAAAGAAUGGCAUACGUAAUUAUGAUUUGUUUAUCUCGAGUACACACCAUUUUUAAAUGUAUGCUCGUAUCGGAGCCGUUUAAGAGCGACGUUCUGGAACUGCUAAAGAUGAUUGAGUGCAUACUGGAGAGCGGAAACCCAAGGGUCGUCCACGAUAAAAGGAAGAAGUACGUUGACGAUGUCUUUGAUUUAGCGCUUAGCAACUUGCGCUCAGGAAGGGGAAAAAUACAAAAGUUGCAAAAAAUAGACCUUAACGGAGUGUCAAACGAGAUACAAAAUCGUGAAAGUUACCUCGAAAGCGAAUCAUUAACCCUUUCGAACGGGUUCUCGUCAGACGUGGCAAAUACCACACAGGUAAAUGAACGACAUGAUCAGUGUAUCUUUUCCGCCAAGGCGAAUUACGAUUCGAAAGAUUCUGAUGAUGAAGAACAUUUUGAGUGUUCCCCUCGAUUUAGGAACGACGAAGAGAUCAGACUUUUCAAUGAGAAUAUUAAGAGGAAAUUCUUUAAUGAUCUGUUCGACUAUUACAAAAUAAUAAAAUUAGAACAUCUUGAUGAGGUCUGCAAUUGUAGACAAUCAGCUUAUACAUGUGAGGUACGUUACCUGGGCAGACGCUCCGGCAGGAGGCGCCUAGCGACUGGGAGGGACUAA